AUGCAACUCAUUAGAAAACUGCACACUAGCAGCGCUUUACUGCGCGAUGCCUACAUUCUGUCGGCUGUUCGUACUCCCAUCGGUGCUUUUGGUGGCUCUUUGGCUUCUGUAAGUGCUGCCGAUCUCGGCGCGAAAGUCGCGGCCGAGGCGGUUAAGCGGGCCAACAUCAAGAACGAGGAUGUCGAGGAAGUUCUGUUUGGCCAGGUUCUCCAGGCAGGCGUUGGUCAGGCUCCUGCUCGCCAAGUGACCAUCAAGGCUGGCUUCCCUGUUAGCACUGAAGCAACCACCAUCAACAAGGUGUGCGCUAGUGGUCUUAAGACCGUGGCGCUCGCUGCUGCAAGCAUUAAACUGGGUGACCGCGACAUUAUCGUUGCCGGUGGUACUGAAUCCAUGUCUCAAUCGCCCAUGUACCUGCCCCGCAAUGUUGGCUUUGGAGGAGCCAAGGUCACCGACGCAAUCGUCCAUGACGGUUUGACAGACGCCUUCGACAAGAUCCACAUGGGUCUUUGCUGCGAGAACACAAACAAGCGUGAGGGUAUUACUCGUGAGGACCAGGACAACUUUGCCAUUGAGUCCUACAAGCGUGCUCAGGCUGCGCAAGAGAAGGGUGAAUUCGAUGCUGAGAUUCUUCCCAUUGAGGUCAAGACCCGUAAAGGCGUUGUUGAGGUCAAGACUGACGAGUCUGUCUCUGCUGUGAAGCUUGACAAGAUCCCCACCCUCCGCCCCGCCUUCGACAAGAACGGCACUGUCACCGCCGCCAAUGCCUCUUCCUUGAACGAUGGUGCUGCUGCACUCGUUGUUGCCUCUGGCGACAAGGCCAAGGAACUUGGCGCAAAUGUGCUCGCCAAGGUUAUUGCCUAUGCUGAUGCUGCUACUGAUCCUAUUGAUUUCACCAUUGCUCCCACCCUUGCCAUUCCUAAACUGCUCGCUAAGGCCAAUCUCAAAAAGGAGGACAUCGCCAAGUGGGAGGUUAACGAAGCUUUCGCUGGUGUUUCCAUUGCCAACAACCGCAUCAUGGGCCUUGACCCUGCAAAGGUCAACCCCCGCGGUGGUGCCGUUGCCCUUGGUCACCCCAUUGGUGGCUCUGGUGCCCGCAUCUUGACCACCCUUUUGCACGAGCUCAAAGAUGGCGAGUACGGUGUCGCGGCUAUCUGCAACGGCGGCGGAGCUGCCACCUCGCUGCUGGUGCAGAAAGUCACCUCUGUCGAGUAA